CGUUUUUAGGAAUUUUCUCUGUGUGAUAAACAAUUUCUAUGAAAUUUCCGAUUCUCCCAAACAAAGUUCUAAUCCGAGUCAAAUCAGUUUUAACUCGUCACUAUCUCAAUCUCCGAUCAAACGUACACCGUUAAAUUGUGUAAAGAUGAGUGCAGUAUUUGAGGGAUAUGAGAGGCAAUACUGUGAACUUUCUGUCAAUUUGUCUAGGAAAUGCAGUUCUGCUGCUCUUUUGCCUGAUGGAGAGCCAAAAAAGCAACAGACUUCUGAACUUAAAGCGGGAUUGGAUGAUGCAGAUGUGUUGAUACGAAAAAUGGAUCUUGAGGCCAGAAGUUUGCAACCAAGUUUAAAAGCAACGCUACUUGCUAAGCUGAGGGAAUACAAAUCAGACCUGAAUAAAUUGAAGAAAGAAGUGAAUAAACUAGCCUUGACUGGUGCUAAUCAAGCUGCCCAUGAUUUAGAGUCUGGAGGGAUGGAUCCACAUGCAGCUUCUGCAAAUCAAAGGGAACGUUUAGCAAUGUCAACAGAGAGGCUAGAUCAGUCAAGUGACAGACUCAGGGAGAGCCGGAGGAUUGCUCUGGAGACUGAAGACCUUGGUGUCUCAAUUCUCGGUGACUUGCACCAACAGCGUGAAACACUGCUACAUUCACAUACGAAGCUUCAUGGUGUAGAUGAUGCCAUUGACAAGAGCAAGAAGAUUUUGACUUCUAUGUCUAGAAGAAUUAGCCGAAACAAGUGGAUUAUGGGCUCUGUGAUUGGAGCCCUUAUCCUGGCAAUCAUUAUCAUCCUCUAUUUCAAGCUUUUCCGUUGAGUACCCAUGUAAUUCAACUGAGUUUGGAUGUAAAUCUAGUUUGUUAUCAUGUAUCUGGCUUGUAUGCUAUACGGAUUUUUAUUUUCAGCUGCAUUUAAGUGUACAUCCUAAAUGAAACUGUUUGAUACUCAAAAGGAAAAAUAAGCACUUGAUUGUCUCAA